CUAACCGCGCAACGGAUCAGCGAUCCACGGAAAGAGCCAAAGAUGUCGGCUUGGUCAUGUGAUCAGCUGUGUCCAAUCACAGCUGAUCACAUCAGCGCCACCUGUCAGUGUCCAUCAGUGCCAGCUCUCUGUGCUCAUCCAUGCCACCUGCCAGUGCCCAUCAGUGCCACAUCAAUGCCACAUAUCAAUGCCCAUCUAAGCUUCCUUUCAGUGUCACCCAUCAGUGCCUGUCAGUCAGUGCCAAUCAGUGCCCUAAUCAGUGCCACCUAUCAGUGCCGUGCCGCCUAUGAGUGCCAGUCAGUGCUAUCAGUGUGCAUCAGUGCCGCCUAUCAGUGCCAGUCAGUGCCACCUAUCAGUGCCAUAUAUAAGUGCUGCCUUUCAGUGCCCAUUAGUGAUGCCUGUCAAUGCCCAUCAGUG